GUGAGGGACCGCCGUAUCCUUGAAGCUGCAUCCUCAGCAUUCACGAGCCCGAAGACGGAACACGGGUGACUUGAGGCAUAUCUGAAGUCAGUGGAAGCAUUACUUGAGGCGUGUGUGAGGAGAGAAUUUCGUGUACUCUAUAUGUGUGUGUGUCUGUGUGUUUGAGGAGAAGUGAGGCAGGUGUGUACUUUAGGUAGGUGUGUGAGUGUGUGUGUGUGAGAGAGAGAGAUAGAGGAUGGCGGUGUGUCAGGAUGACCUGACUGAAGAGGAGAGAAGAAUUAUCAACGGGGUUCUACAACGAGCUGAGCAACUGGAGACACAGGAACAGCAACGCAUCGGGCGUCUGGAGCAGGAGCUAGACAGUGUGCGUCUGGCAGCCCAUGGUGACGGCGUGUCCACCUGCCUGCUGUGUGCGGUGGCCUUCAGUGCCAGGGGACCAGCUGCUGUGGCCUGCGACCAGUGCACAAAGUGGGUGUGUACACAGUGUGGUCUUCGGCGGACACGAGGCUCGCGGGCAGUGUGGUUCUGCAGGAUCUGCAGUGAGGAGGAGGAGGUAUCGAGGAGAUCUGGAGCCUGGUUCUUCAGGGGACAGACUAAGAAGGCAUUGGCACCGGCUCCAUCUGUCCCAGCACCUGCAGACUCCAGUACCCCGACCAGAUACGCUGAUGCCACUCACACAGAACCAGAUGACCCACCCAUAGACUCCAGAGCGCCCCCUUCAGGCACAGUAGCCCCAGCCGCAGACUUUAGGGUCCAGAGUCACCCCCCUGCAGUGACCGAGUCACCUGUGUGCCCAGGGUCUGUGCACGAACAGUGUGCACGUGAGGAGCACAUAGGUCAGAAGCGUGCACGUGAGGAGUGUGUACACUUGCCAGAUGCCCAAGAAAUGAGACCUCAUGAACAGGUCACAGGUGUUCAACAACAUAUCCGAGCUGUGUCAGAGGUAGAGUACCAUGGCAACACUCAGUCAGAUGAGGGAAACGUUGGAGACUCAACCCUGAUCACAGGACAAGGAGGCCCCCUCCUGGCAGAAGCAUCUCCAUCUCUGCCUGUGUUACCAGGGAAACAGAGCCCCGCCCCUCCUUCAGGCCCACCGCAGCCACCACCACCGCCCGCUGCAGAAGAGGCAGACGGCUACGACUCCGACGACACCCCAACUCUGGGCUGUUUGGAGUUCAGUCUGCUGUAUGAAGGGGAGACCAGCAGUCUACACUGCAGCAUCAUCAAAGCCAAGGGCCUGAAGCCAAUGGACUCCAAUGGGCUCGCUGACCCCUACGUCAAGCUGCACCUGCUGCCUGGGGCCAGUAAGGCCAACAAGCUGCGCACUAAAACAAAGAAGAAUACGCUCAACCCCGUCUGGAACGAGACUCUAGUUUACCAUGGCAUUACUGGUGACGAUCUGCAGCGUCGAACGCUCAGGCUGUCCGUGAGUGACGAAGACAGGUUUGGCCAUAACGAAUUCAUUGGCGAAACCAGAGUCGCUCUGAAGAAGCUCAAGCACAACCAGAAGAAGGAUUACAGUGUAUGUCUGGAGAGGGUCAUCCCGGUUAAGAGGACAGCAGUUGGCGGUUCUGUCCGAGGCAUGGCUCUAUAUGAUGACACGGUGACCGAGGGGGCAGAGGCGGAAGAAAGGGGGCGUGUCCUAGUGUCUCUGACCUACAGCAGUAAGAAAGGGGAGCUUCAGGUGGGAGUCAUCCGCUGCGCUCACCUGAUCGCCAUGGACGCCAACGGCUACUCCGACCCCUUCAUCAAAAUUUGUUUGCAGCCUGACAUGGGGAAGAAAGGCAAACGGAAGACUCAGAUAAAGAAGAAGACCCUGAACCCUGAGUUUAAUGAGGAUUUCAGUUUUGAGGUCAAACACGGUGACCUGGCCAAGAAGACACUGGACAUAUCUGUCUGGGACUAUGACCGCGGCUCGGCCAAUGAUUUCAUCGGUGGUUGUCAGCUGGGCAUCUCUGCUAAAGGGGAAUGUCUGAAGCACUGGUACGAGUGUCUGAAGAACAAAGACCAGCGGAUUGAGCGCUGGCACGUGCUCCUCAACAACCAGCAGCCGCUCAGCGACUAAGAAGUCAUCUCCCUACAUCCUCAGAGACUGUUAAGUCCUCUCCCUACAUCCAUGGGCGGAUUAUGAACUUUU